AUGUUCCCAGGGGCAACACCAGCCUUUGUCAACAGAAGAUACGAAUGUUCUUCAUCAGUUCACUUUGUGAGGCCCCCGGAUAUUCACGAGGUGAAACUCACCAUUGUCUUUGUGCUGAACGCCUCUCUCUUUGCCAGUAAUAUCGCCAGUUGUCACUUCGUGGGGCUGACAGGGAUGGGAGCGGAUUCGGGAAUCGCCAUUGCAGCAUUUGAAUGGAAUGCCUUGCUGUUGUUGCUGGUCCUAGGGUGGUUCUUUGUCCCCAUAUACAUCAAGGCAGGGGUGAUGACCAUGCCAGAAUAUAUGAGGAAGCGGUUUGGUGGGAAGCAACUCCACUACCUCUCCGUUCUCUCCCUGUUCAUCUGUGUGGCUUUGAGAAUCUCAUCAGACAUAUUUUCUGGAGCCAUAUUCAUCACACUGGCCUUGGGAUUGGACCUUUAUCUGGAGAUCUUCAUCCUCUCGGCUAUCACUGCCAUUUGCACAACCACUGGUGAGUCCAUUGCAUGUUUGGCUCAGUCACGCUACUUCUGCUGA